UUUCAGCUCUUCCCCCCUGAGGAAUAAAAAGCGUGUGAAUAAGCUUUCGCCCUUUUUACAUAAUCCGCCCAAAGAUCUACUUAAACAUUUUCAACUUGAGUAUGCGUUCCUUUCCGUUCAUUUACACAAAUUUAUUCAUUUUUUCUUAAACAUAAUAAUUCACAUAAUUAAUCUGUUUCAGAAUAAAAAUUUCUUCCGACUCUCUCCUUCCCUCCAAACCAAAAAUGACUAUCCUCUUCUCGAAAAUGACCGGAAACUCACCGCAAAACAAUGGAACAGCCCUCGGAGUUCGAAUUAUUGGAGCAUCUUUCCUCUGCCUAUCAAUAAUUUCAAGUGUAAUUGCAUGUGCUUUGUGGAACACGGAAAAUCAUUCCCUUGCCAAUAAUAUCAUCUAUUAUGUUGGACUAUCUGCAACUCAAAUGCUCAACAUUCUAAUUGUAUACCUGAUGAAUAGAGGAAUCACUUUGCAAAAAGCUCACUAUUUACAGCCAUUCAUCAUUUGCGCACUUCUUCACCUCAUAAUAUGCAUCCUCCUUUCUGCAAUCUUCUUCCUUUACGUCGUCACCCGCGCCACGUUCUACUCAGUCUGGUCGGAUCUCGGCUUCUUCUUCGUUUUUGUCAUCUUGACUGGCUUCUGGAUCAUUGCUAUCUCGUUGGCACGCGAGUACCGAGACUACAUCAUCUACGAUGAUUUCCUUCAUGAGACAUUGCCAAGCUUUGUAUGAUUUUCUCUAACAACUUGUCCGUCUCCAAAUCGUCCAAGUCAACGGGUUAAACUACAUCAUGGCAACAUUUUGUUAUUUCGCUUUCAAUCAGUUUUCAGGAGCUUUUUUAUUUUUUAAAUGUUUGUUUUAGUUUUUUGUGUUCCCGGUUAAUCCAAAUUUCUGUUUCCUGGAUUUUGUGAUUUUAUGAUUUCAACACGUUCUAUGUGUUCAUCGGGUCUUCUUAUAUGUUCUCUUUAUGAUUGUAUGCUUGUAAAUAAUAAGAAUUGAAAUAUAUAAAUCUAUUAUUUUUAUU